GCAUAUGCAUGACUCAUUCCCAUACUUGAUGGUAAAAUUACUGAAGUCUGUGUCUUUGUUAUAUUAUAAUAAUUUAUAAAUGUUAUUAAUCGCCCCUACUUAAGUUUAUUGUGGCCGAGAACGGCUCUUUCUUCCUAUUAAAGAGACAGUUUUGAAGUAGAAUGAAUGUCACAGAUGAAGAGCGCAGCAGGAUUCUCAGCAGGGCCGCAUUUCAAGAUCCUGAUGAUGAAAUUGCAACAGAGACUGUCAGAAAAAAGAAACGGAUGCCAAUAAUCAGAGAAACUGUUGAACCACCUCUCCUGGAGUCAAAUGAUGAUAAUGCAGUGGUUGAAGUUGGCUCGCUUAAUGUUCUCAAUUCCAACUUUGAGAGUCUCGAUUACGAUAUUUGUGAAAAUACAUUAUUUCUGGAUGAAGAGAGGAAAAAAGGAUAUAAAUUCAUCGUGAAGAAAAGUGUCGCAAGAUGGAUGAUAUUUUUGCUGAUCGGUGUUCUUACAGCAUUGAUUGGAGUCUCCAUCGAUGUUUCCAUAAGUGAGCUGUCGAAGAUCAAAUUUGCCAAAUUGCAGAAUUCUCUAAACGUAUGCAUGACGGAUAACUGCCUAUGCAUUCCACUUUUUAUUUUCCUAGCCUGGAAUGUUAUUCCUGUACUCAUCGGCUCAACUUUAGUCACUUGCAUUGAGCCAAUUGCAGGAGGAAGUGGAAUACCUCAAGUAAAGUGCUAUCUGAAUGGGAUAAAAAUGCCAAGAAUCGUACGAAUCAAAACGCUCAUUGUAAAAAUCAUUGGUGUAAUCACCUCAGUAGUCGGAGGUCUUGCUUGUGGAAAGGAAGGUCCUAUGAUUCACUCUGGAGCAGUAGUUGCAGCUGGCAUCUCACAAGGCAAAAGCACAACGUUAAGGAAAGAUCUAGGUGUGUUCAAUUACUUCAGGGAAGACCAUGAGAAACGAGACUUUGUAUCUGGCGGUGCUGCAGCUGGUGUUGCAGCUGCUUUUGGCGCUCCUGUUGGUGGUGUUUUAUUCAGUCUUGAGGAGGGUGCCAGUUUUUGGAAUCAGAGCCUAACAUGGCGCAUAUUCUUUGCCUCAAUGGUCUCCACAUUUACUCUCAAUCUUAUUCUCAGUGCAUAUCAUGGUCACCCAGGUCAACUAUCAUUCUCUGGUCUCCUGAACUUUGGUAAAUUCGAAUCUUUGAAUUAUGAUCUGUUUGAGCUGGCCAUAUUUGUCAUGAUGGGUGGCAUAGGUGGUAUUCUUGGAGCUGUGUUCAAUUUGUUCAAUUACAAAUUGACUGUCUUUCGAAUCAGGUAUGUCAACACAAAAGUGAAAAAGAUAAUGGAAGCUGUGAUUGCUGCGAUGGUCAGUACGGCCGUGCCCAUGUUAAUGAUAUACUUCAUCAAUGAAUGCAAACCACUGGAAACAGAUCCAACUGAAAAUCCUGUCCAGAUGUUUUGUGGUGAUGGACAAUACAACACUGUGGCAGCACUAUGGUUGCAAGUUCCUGAGAGGAGUGUUCGAGCUUUACUACAUGACCCUCCAGCCGCCUUGUCAUUUUUAUCAUUGGGUUUAUUCAUCAUGGUCUACUUCCUGAUGGCUGUUUGGACUUUUGGACUGAGUGUUUCUGGUGGUCUAUUCAUCCCAUCCCUACUUAUUGGUGCUGCAUGGGGUCGUUUCUUCAGUCAAAUUCUGCAGUUCAUUUUUCCAGGAGCGGGUUGGAUUGAUCCAGGAAAGUAUGCUUUGAUUGGAGCUGCCGCACAACUAGGUGGAAUCGUGCGAAUGACAAUUAGUUUAACAAUUAUUCUAAUUGAAGCCACUGGAGACAUUACCUUUGGUUUGCCCCUCAUGAUCACUCUUAUUACUGCAAAAUGGACUGGAGACUUCUUCAGUGAGGGUAUCUACGACUAUCACAUCCAACUGUCAGGAGUGCCCUUACUUGCCUGGGAGCCACCGCCAUUGUCUGGUAACAUUUAUGCGAAUCAAGUCAUGAGCUAUCCUGUUGUCACCUUCUCAGUUGUUGAAACUGUAGGGAAUAUAAUUGACAAUCUUUCAAAUCUUACGCACAAUGGAUUCCCUGUCAUAGACUCUCAACCACUCGAUGAAGUUGCACAGUCUAAUAAACCUACCUCAUCUCCUAAAUCAUGUGGUCAUCUCUGUGGUUUAAUACUGAGAGACCAGCUGAUAGUUUUACUCCUGAACAAAGCAUACAAAUACCCUAGCGGCAUGGUUGACCAACGUGAGACAAUAAACAUGUUCAGAAAUGAAUAUCCUCGCUAUCCAAGAAUUGAGCAAGUGGAUGUUGCGGAAGAAGAUCGACAUUUGAAAAUUGACUUAAGGCCUUACAUGAAUCCAUCUCCGUACGUCGUUCAACAUGUUGCAUCGUUACCACGAGUUUUCAGACUUUUUCGUGCGCUUGGUUUACGCCACUUAAUCAUCGUUGAUGACAUGUUUGGGGUUGUUGGUAUGGUGACACGUAAAGAUCUAGCCAGGUAUCGAGUUUGGCGACACCAUGGAAGAAUCGGGCUAGAAGAAUUAAAAAUAUCUGCCAACUUCAAGUCUUAGAAUGUUGUUAAGGUAUGCACCUGACUGUUUGAAGUUUUAGCUGACUUUCUGUCUUUGCCUAUCGUUUGCAGUAUUCUUUGAUUUUAAAUUUUAAAUGCUGUAUUCUUGAUACUUCCUUGAUUUGUUUAUUUUUCAUUAAUUUAUCUUGUGGAAGAGGAGAUACCGAUAAAUCAAGUUCAAUCGAAAGGCGCCUGUGCUUCGAAAAACCUUUUGGAAAUCACUAUCUCUCUUAUAUUCUUGUCACAUUCUUCAUGCUUAAGCCCCCAUCAAGCUAUUUACACAACAGCCUCUUAAAAAAUUGAAUAAGUUUUGUUGUAUUUUCUUAAGCCUCUUUUUAUAAAUUAUUAAGAUUCUAGUCUUUUAAUUUUAAUAAUCUCUCUGAUUAUAAAUCAGUCUCAUCGAGCA